AUGGCACGUCAGCAGCAGGAUGUUGAUGAACUUUUCGAUGUUAAAAAUGCAUAUUAUGUUGGAAAUUAUCAACAAGCCAUUAAUGAGGCACAAAACGUUAAUUCUUCUUCUCCAAUGGUAACACUUCAGCGAGAUGCAUUUCUUUACCGCUCUUACAUUGCACAGGGCAAUUACAGAAUUGUUUUGCAAGAGCUCAAAAGUGCAGAUCCAAUGCUACAACCAUUAAAGACAUUAGUAGAAUAUUUGUCUCCUGGUGCAAAUAAACCAGCUAUUGUGGCCGAAAUUGAUGCUAGAGUCGCAAAAGGAGUAGAGCUUGCAAAUGAGAUAUUUCUCAUUGUCGCUGCCACUAUCUACUAUCAUGAGGAAAAUUAUGAAGCAGCUUUAAAAAUCCUUCAUGGAGCUGAAACAUUAGAACUGAGAGCUUUUACAUUGCAGUGUUUAUUGGCUAUGAACCGGCAUGAUCUUGCUCGUAAGCAACUGAAAGCUUUGCAGGAUAUUGAAGAUGACAGUACAUUGACACAGUUGGCCCAAAGUUGGCUUAAUUUGUCUCAGGGUGGUCCGGGAGUACAAGAUGCACACUACAGUAUAAUGGAGUUGGCGGAGAGACUCGGGGCUCUGGGAGCUGGGCCUUCAGCUGUGGGAGCCGCUGCUGCUGCCUCUAGAGGUAUGUGGGAGGAAGCAGAGCAAAUGCUGACAGAAGCGCAGGCGCGCGCUCCGCAGCAGCCCGAGCUGUUGUUAGGGCUGGCCGUGACGGCCGCGCAUAGUGGGAAACCCCCGGAGGUGUCUUCCCGCUACCUCGCCCAGCUCCUGGACUCUCACCCUGACCAUCCCUUCACCAAGGAGUAUAACGCGAAAGUCAACGAGUUCAAACGUCUCGCCUCACAGUACCAGCCCUCUGUCGCGAGU